GGCAAUCUCAGUGACAGUUUAUUUCUGAAAAAAACUUUACAGUUAGUUUAAACGUGACUUGUAUCAGUACUACUUUUAAACUUUUACUACUUUUUGAACCUUAAGUCUGCAGGGUUUUUUUCAAUUCUGAAACCUAUGGAAGUAAUUGUUGAUGUCAAGCAAGAACCAUCAGAUCAUCUUAAAAAAUCUUUGGAUGUUAAUUAUGAUAAGGAUUUAAAUAUGGAAACAGACAAGAAAGCUGAUUCGAGUUCAUACGACUCUACAGAUAAUUUAACUGUUGAACCAGAUAUCAAAGUUGAAACCAAGCAAGAGCCAUUAGAUCACUGUGAAGAAUCUCUGGAUGUUAAUCAUGAGAAGGAUUUAAAAACGGAAAUAGACAUGGAAACUAAUUCAGUUGUUGAAUCAAAUAACAAAGAAGAAAACGUCAAAAAGGAACUGGAUCUUUAUUCAUAUACAAAACUAGAUGAUUUCACUUCAGAAAUAUUUAAAAUUGAAUUGGGAAACUUGCCAAACUAUAUUGGUUAUGGACAACUUCGUAAAUUAUUGAAUUCAAAUUUGAAAUUGCAUCCUCGAAAAGUUAAAGCAAUUGGGAACCCUCCUCAUUUUGCAUUCAUUACCUUCAGAGAUGAAAAGGACAGGGAUAAAGCAUUGAAUCAGUUAAAUGGCUACCAAUGGAAAGGAAAGACACUUUCUGCAAAAAAAGCCAAUCCAGCUGCUGAUCCAAUGGCUAAAAAGAGAAAAGCAGGAGAAUCUGAAGAUUGUUCUGAUCCCAAAAAAGCUAAAACAGAGGAACCUAUAGAGCUAAAGUUAAAAAAUGCUGUCACACCAUACUGGAAUGUCCCUUAUGAGGAGCAGUUGAAGAGAAAAGAAGAUGAUAUACAUAAGUUUCUACAGAAACUUAGCAAAUCAAUUGAAAAGGUUAAUUCUUCUUUAAAGCCAAUCCUUUCUAAAUACAGAAAAGAAAAUUAUCAUCGGUGUUGUCCAUUAGUUCCAAUUAAAAGAUCACCAGUUACUACAGCCUACAGGAAUAAAUGUGAAUUUACUGUGGGAAGGCAUCUGUAUACCAAAGAAAAAACAGUUGGUUUUCGAUUGAAUUCUUACAAAGAAGGUUCUAUGAGUGUUGCUGAGCCUGAUGAUUGUAUUAACAUAUCAGAAUCUAUGCUUAAGGCUGUUAAGAGUUUUCAGACUUAUGUCAGAGAAUCCGAUAAAGAUGUUUACAAUCCUGAAAAUCAUGCUGGUUAUUGGAGGCAACUUACUGUGAGAACCUCUAAUAAUGGUGAUGUUUUGCUUAUAGUUGUAAUGCACCCACAAUCAUUAUCUGAAGUGGAACUUGAAGAAGAGAAAAUGAAAUUGAAAAAGUAUUAUGAAGAAGGACCUGGUUCAUCUUGUGGAGUUACAUCUGUUUAUUUCCAGCUCUUUUCCAAAAAGGCUGCACAUGAAGAAACAGUAACAUUGACCCAUUUAAUGGGUAAAAAAUUUUUGGAAGAAACAUUACUAGAUAUGAAAUUCCAAGUGAGUCCUGAAGCAUUUUUUCAAAUUAAUGUCCCUGCCACUGAAGUGCUAUAUUCAAUGGUAGCUGAUUUAGUGAAUGCAUAUUCUUCAACAACUGUGUUAGAUAUAUGUUGUGGAACAGGAACCAUCAGUCUUUGCUUAGCAAAGAAAGGUGCCAAGGUGAUUGGAAUAGAGAUGUGCCCAGAAGCUAUUGCAAAUGCUAGGUUAAAUGCUAGCAACAAUGGACUACCAGAUGUAGAAUUCAUCUGUGGCAAAGCUGAAGAUGUUAUUACUUCGGCAAUUUUGAAAUGCAAUACUUCCGAGAUCAUUGCAGUUGUUGACCCUCCUCGAGCUGGUUUACAUCAAAAAGUUUUGAAGGUUAUCAGAGCCACUACCAAAAUCAAGAAGCUUAUCUAUAUUUCAUGCAAUCCAAAUGCUGCUUUUACAAAUUUUGUUGAUUUAUGCCGCACACCUUCUAAUAACUAUAAAGGAUCCCCUUUCUAUCCUGUUCAAGCAAUGGUAGUGGACAUGUUUCCCUACACUCCUCAUAAAGAGUUGGUUAUGGUAUUUGAAAGAAUAGAAAAUUUGGAGACAUAACUUGUUUUUGAUAAGUUACGAUAAAAUUGUGUAUAUUGUGACUUGCAAACAUUUUGUUUGUAACAUGAUUAUAUUUUCAAAAAUAAAUUUUGUUAAAACUGUA